AUGACGCAAGAUUCUAGUGAUAGCUGUCGUUUCUCCACAGAUCCAUCUAUAACUUCACUUCCUCUCAAAGAUGAAUUUACAAGAGCGCUUGACGGCCUGCCAGUAGGCCAAUCUAAGCCCGAGCUUCAAAUUCCAUCAGUAAAGCACGAAUCCUUAUAUCCAGAGCAGGAUAUGAAGAAUGAAAGCGUCUCAGAAGAAUCUUGUCUUACAAACGAUGAUACGGACCAUAUACAACCCCAUAUGUCCAAUUUCCAGCUCGGAGGAAAUGGGAUCUGCACUGUGUGCCAGGAAUUAUUUGAAACAAUAGCUACAAUGAUUUCCAUGGGGGCCAGGGCGAAUUGUAAUUCCAAAUUCAGACGUCACUACAAAAGCGCCAUGGCAGUCCAAGAAUCUAGUCAAAACGGCUGCAAAGUUUGCACGCUAUUCAUUGAGGCCUAUGGAUUUAAGGCUUUUGCAAAAGACUGUCAAGUGCUGGAAGACGCUAUCGGGAAUAUCGAACCUCUCAAUGUUCCUCAGAUUUACCUGGAUACUCAAAAAAUUCCGUGGACCAUCGCUCUUCGCCUUCGAGACAAGCUGGACCACAACCAGAAGAUGGUACUUAUCGCGCCGGUUGAUGAAGCACCGACAUACGAAAUAAUGCGACCAUCAACGUCAAAUUAUUUACCUAUGGCAAAAGACUGGCUGAAGGAGUGCAUUGACAAACAUGAACACUGCAUUAAACCCAAUCGGCAGGUUCUACCCACUAGAUUGCUAUGCCUCGGUGGGGACAGCAUCCGAUACAUGUACCAAAUGUUCAAGGCAUUCAACUACAAUCUUCAGAAGUGUGUCCCCGAAAAUGAGCUUACGAAGACUUUCCGCGAUGCAAUUUACAUCACUCGAUCUCUGGGACUGGAAUAUCUAUGGAUCGAUUCCUUAUGUAUAAUCCAAGACGACGACCAAGACUGGCUGAGAGAAUCAGCGUUAAUGAGUGGUGUUUACGGAGGCUCUACAAUCAACAUUGCGGCAGCUGAUUCCAUUGACGGUAAUGGCGGCUGUCUCUACGAUGAUAUGGCAAUCAGAACACAGCGCAAGGCAUUUAGGUAUCGUUUGAGGAUGCCAGGUCUGCAAGACAAGAGGCCGUGGGAACUUUCGCCUAUUUAUCUAUAUCCUUACUGCACUAGCUGGAGCCACCUGUCAAGUCGCGCUUGGACUUUGCAAGAGAGGUUUUUGGCACCUCGAACGCUGCACUUCAGCAGGACUGAUAUGCUCUGGGAGUGCCAUGAAAAGGAGGCCUGUAGCCUAUUUCCUGACAGACUACCUCAAGAUCUCCUUUUCCACCAGACCUACAGGAAAAGGGCGUCGCUUGCUUCGAUUUGGCAUCUUUUAGUGAAUCUGUAUUCAGCAGCCAAGUUGACGAGGUACAGCGACAAACUAGUUGCUUUAUCAGGUCUUGCUCAGGCAGUGGAAAGUGAGACGGGGGAUAAAUACGCGGCUGGUAUGUGGAGAAAAGAUUUGGAAAUCCAAUUGUUGUGGUACAGCCUAGGAGAGGAGGUACUAUUUCCACGACCCCCUUACCAAGCACCGACAGUAAGUGCAAAGCACAAUCACUUGACAUCAUCUCACUCACAAAGCAAAAGAACGCUAACUUUCAGAUUCCCUAGUCGGUCAUGGGCAGCACUUAACAAUGCGGUAACCUUUCCAGACGUAUCAGUUCCAGUCGACACAUCCACUACGCAUUUAUACGUACAUGUUCACAGUGUUUACACUCAGCCUACAGGUCCCAGUUCUCUUGGGCAGAUAUCUGGGGGCCUUCUAACACUAUCUUGCUCUGUCUUGAUGCGUGGCACAAGUACCAGCCAUGAUAACUUAGACGCCGAACACCAGGAGGUAUUUGAACAUCAAGCCAGUGCGGUAGCGCUGAGUUUCGGCGGUGACACAACCGUUGCAAGCAUCUAUUGGGAUAUUGAAGAGGACCAUUCCGGAUUGCUCUACUUUCUCCCAAUUGUAGGAAGACCUCCAAGGAGUAAAUCCGGGAGAUUCAAGUCAAUACAAGGCCUAGUGCUACGAAAACAUCUCCAGGCUGAGAAUACUGUACAAUAUUCUCGAUUUGGUAUGUUCGACUUUAGCUUCGAUGUUGGCCUUGAGGACGAAGAUAGGAUAGUACGCAACUACCAAGCUGUCCUAGCUAUUAUGAGGAAACAAAAGCAGACAACACCAAAAUCCGAUUUUGCCAAGACGCUUGAUAGGAACAUGGGAUUUCCUGAAGAAUGUCAAUUUAUUGAAAUCAUCUAA